AUGGUUAUCAGUGUUGUGCUAUUGCCAAGUGAAUGCAAGGGUGGUGGUAAGAAAUAUUCAAGUUCUUGUAAUAGUAAAUCGAGUAGUGAUCAUGUAAAUGAUGUACAACAAUGUUUAAAUAAUAUACAUAGUGAACAUAACUGGGGUUGUGUUAAUGCCAAUGGUGGCCGGUGCAAAUGUACAGUUGAUACACCAUAUCAAAAUGAUUGGCAAGGUACAUUUAACGAAGCAAGAAAAAAUUUAAAUUCGUCCUGUCAUGGUUUUCAAAGUAUGGAUGGGGAACGCCAUGAAGGAAGUAUGUAUUUAAAAUAUAGUUGUUCAUAA